AGGGCUGCCAGUUAACAGAGCAGAAUGGGCUGUAGUUUAGUGAAAUAGGAAAGCUGCAAAACAGUGUGGAGUGUUCCUGGUGUAAAUAAAAGAAAAAAAAAAAGUUUCUCAAGUCAUAGCUCUACAAGCUUGAUCAAGUACUAGCCCUGGAGUUUGUGCUUCACAGAAAAAUAACACAUUGGACUUUAUUGUGCUGCAUUAACACCCUCUUCCUAUUGUUUGUAUUUUUUUCAAAAUAUGGCAAAGGUUCAGGUGAACAAUGUAGUGGUGUUGGAUAAUCCUUCUCCUUUCUACAAUCCUUUUCAAUUCGAAAUCACGUUUGAGUGCAUAGAGGAUCUGUCUGAAGAUUUGGAAUGGAAAAUAAUUUAUGUGGGUUCAGCAGAAAGUGAGGAGUAUGAUCAAGUUUUAGACUCCGUUUUAGUAGGACCUGUUCCUGCAGGAAGGCACAUGUUUGUAUUUCAGGCUGACGCUCCUAAUCCAGGACUUAUUCCAGAUGCAGAUGCAGUUGGUGUAACAGUUGUGUUAAUUACAUGCACUUACCGAGGCCAAGAAUUUAUUCGAGUCGGCUAUUAUGUAAACAAUGAAUAUACUGAAACAGAAUUGAGAGAGAAUCCUCCAGUAAAACCAGACUUUUCUAAGCUACAAAGGAAUAUUUUGGCAUCUAACCCCAGAGUCACAAGAUUCCACAUUAACUGGGAGGACAACACUGAAAAACUGGAAGAUGCAGAGAGCAGUAACCCAAAUCUACAGUCACUUCUUUCUACAGAUGCACUACCUUCAGCAUCAAAGGGGUGGUCAACAUCAGAAAAUUCAUUAAAUGUCAUGUUAGAAUCCCAUAUGGACUGCAUGUGACUACCAUCGUUUUGAUACUGUACAUGUGUUAAGCUGUAAAAACAACCAGAACUAUUUGCCUGAAAUUCCUUAAGUACAUAGUCAAGAAACAACGUGAAGAAGUUGUUUUAAAACAUCCUGUAGAAAGUUUAUAAGAAAAAACCAGUAUUUGAGCGAAUUGUGGAAUAUAAAUACAACUAUUUUUAAGUAGUUUUUUUUCUCUAAUGUGUUAUUUUAUUUGCUCUAAACUUAAUCUGAUUAAAGCAUAUGUGUUAUU